CCUCCACACAGGCAGGCAAGCAAGCAAGCAGGAAGGAGGCAGUGAAAACUGAAAAUAUUGUGCCUACUUCAUUCAUUAACAUUAGACAUUUUUGAAAAAAUGCAAAUUAACAUUGCACACCCUGGAUAAGCAGAGACAGUUUUCACUUCCCCAGUUCUUUUUCCAGUGUCACAACAAUUCCAUAAAAGGUACAUUUCCCUGCUCCGACAUAUAUUCUACUCUGAUCACACGUUACUCAUACAACCCCCUCAACCUUUUGCUGAAGCAACAGAGUGUAUGAUGCAUACAACCAUGUGACCAGAGGCCCUGCCUACAUUAUCGUAAUUUAAUCAUGGUGGAAACUGUCGCCUGUCACUUUGAGCCGGCAAGAGAACAGCUUCAAAAUCCUGAACAGCCAGGUCAUGUCUUUGUUGCCAGAGGCUGAGAAUGUCUGCUAAUGAAAGAUUGUGCAAAUCAUUGUGGGAACUGAAGUAUUUGCUGGAGGAGAGCUGACUAAUAAUAUAGUGUUCUGAUGGCAUUAAAAAGCUUUGAAGACGUUGCAGUCUUCUUCUCAGAGGAAGAAUGGGAAUGUUUGGAUGGAGAGCAAAAAAAUCUGUACAAGGAGGUUAUGCUGGAAAAUUACAACAUGCUCAUUUCUUUGUGUCAACCUGCAUUAAUUUCAAACAUUGAAAGAAAGCAUGAACCAUGGAUAAAUGGCAUUUGGGCAAAUGAAGAGAAAAUCCUAAAUGAUAGAGCCUCUGAAAAAAAUGAUCUGCUCCGCCCCAUGCCAUUAGAUUUGCAAGUUCUGCCAUCAUCAAGUGCUAUGUCUUCUAAAACUGAUGAGAGGAACAGAGUCUUAUGUCAGCCUAAACUAACUGAGAGAAGUCAAGAAACAAAACGAGCCACUCAACGUCAUGAACAAAAUUCAGAUCAAAAUAUAUGUAUAGAGAAAUGCUCUGAAGUCUUCUUGAAUCCAAACACACAACAGAGCAGCAAGGAAAAUAUUACUGCAUUGGUAAUUCCUGAUUUGGGUUACGAUAUACAGAAAGAUAAUGGAAUAUAUACAAAGACCAAAGAUCAACUGAUUGCUGCAAUAAACAAACAGUCAAAUGGGUUAGAAGUUGAACUAUAUAACAAGCUAUGCGGCAAUGAUAGUAAUGCUGAGGAGGAAGUAAAGGAAUCAAAUAUUUCCACAAAAAGCAAAAAUGCUGAAAACAACAAGCUAAAUUCUCUGAAUGCAUAUCUGGAUUUUGAGCAAACUGGAAAAAGCAAUAAUCUGAAAUUUAUAAAUAAAGCAAAAGUGCAGAAUAACAGAAGAAAGGAAGGCAAGGACUAUAUAAAUUCCAGCGUCAAGGAUAAAAGGAUUUCAUGCUUGGAAAAGGAUGACAAUUCAAACUUAUUUAGGUGCCAUAAAAGGAAAAUAAACAUUCCUGCCACCAAAAUAGCUCUUUGCAAAAUAGCCCAUGCCCCUUCAAAGCAAGUAAAAAUUAAAAACUAUUUAAAAAGGAAUCAACUGAUAAGUACAAGUAGUCAAAAACUGGCCAAGGACCCAGCUGUGCCUAAAUCUAGUGCAUGCAGUGUAAAUUCUGAGAUUCAUAAAUUUGUACCUCAUAAGUCAGAUCAAAAGCAACAAGCCCCUCCUAGAGAAAUAAUCAUAAAGAAACUCAUUCCUUUAAAAGAUUCAGAUGUUAUAGUAAAUUCUUGUGUAACUAAUGUGACUAAUGGUCAGAAAGUAGAAUGCACAUAUGGUAAAUAUUUUCAGAAUAAACCAAAAUCUGAUAGCAUUUUAAUCAAGGAAAAAGAUGGUAUCCACAAACCUCAAGGAGUCAGAAGAGUAUGCUGUAAAAAUAGAAUUCCAAAUAAACAGGGCUUGGGUGUUGAUCAUAACGAUACAAGACCACAGGUUCCCAGUAAACACAAAAGUAUUUUGAAAGUUAAAAUGAGACCCUGCAUACUUUUAGAAAGUAACAGUGAUCAAAAAGAAAGGUCACAACUUGAAAAGAGCAGUGUUGUUGAUGUGAAACAGGUACAAAAAACAAAAUCUUACAUCAACAGAACUGACCAUUUGGGCGUAGUAAAAUCAUGUUGUAUUGUUGCUGACAAAUUCUCGAAAAGUAAGAUUUGCAAAGGGAAAGAGCAAUGCAGUCUUUUACAAACCUGUGAAAUACCAUGCCAAACACUUAGGAAUGGAGUAACCUCUGAUUGCCAGACUGUAAGCAAUAAUAGCUUCCACAAAAAUUCCUUUAAUACCACUAAAUUGUGCACAAAGAUAACAGAAACUGCAGUAACACAAGCUAACUGCGAGACUUACACAUAUACUAAAAAUAUUAAAAUGGCAUUGGAACAAUGUUCAAGAGACAGAUGUAGAAAUCCAUCAAAGAAACAACUUUUUCAAGGUAAUUUAGAACAGAAUAACAUUGUAUGCACCACAGCGCCUGUCUUAAAUAAAACACAGGCUAGAUCAGUGGAUCAUUACAAAACUAAAAGCUUGACAUCACUGAGUUCUUCUAAAGGAAUUGAAAAAAAACACAUUAAGAAACAUUUUUAUAAUGCUGAAAACACAAUUAAUAUAAAAAGGCGAAAAAUAGAAAGUCUGUGGGGUAAAGAUAAAUCGGAGACAAAUAAUAUGAAAUCAAAUCAAAAGUUAGUGGCUUUAAAAGGCAGCAAAACAACCAACAAUGAUGAUGGUAAAAGGAAUUAUUUAGAAGUAAAAGAAAAAGUAUCUCAAAAGCACAAUAGAAUAUAUUUUAAUAGUGGUGAAGAAAAAAAGGAUGCUAGUGUUCAGGUUAAUUUGGGUAUUACUGUGGGUGGCAAUGAUCCUUCUGUAAAACUGGUAAUGAAGCAUAUUUCAUCAGAAUAUAACCAUAAAAACAUGUCUAUGCCAUGUUCUUACAAUUCUUCUAAUGAAUAUCCAAGCCAUUGGGUCCAAAAGCACCAUAGAGAAACCAGUGAUAAUGAAAAUUGUCAAUGGAAUAUAAAAAUACAAAGAACCAGCAGGCACAGACUAUGUUGUAAUGAAAAUGAUAAAGUUGGUGGUGAUGAUUAUAAGGAAAAGAAGUUAAAAAAUAGAGCAGUCAUCCAAAAUUUUAGAAAUGCUGAACAAAAUGUAUCAGUUUGCUCAAACAGCAAAGGCAGUGCAGAAGGAUGUGCCAUAAGAAAUGCCAAAUCAAGUCAAAAUGAUGGUAAGACAAAAAAGCCUCUUAUAACCUAUCCUGGAAAAAGAGAAUGUACUUGUAUCACCAGUGAUAGGAAUGGGUUUCAUUUGGUUAAAGAAAUAAAAUGUCAGGAAAUCAACAAAAACACAAAUGGAAAAGGCAAGCAUGAAAAUGGAUCCUAUAAUUUAAGACAAAAUAAGAAGCUUCAAGGCACACGGAGAAUAAGAAAUAUUCAUGCUAGUAAAACAAAUAAGAAAAAUGGAAACAUAAAUGUCAGUGAAAACAACCAUCCUAGCUAUAGACCUGUUACUGAUCGACCUGUAAAAUCCAGACCUGAGAAGCUACACACAGGCUGUGAAAAUGGGCAAAAUCCAAAAGCUUACAUGAAUACAAGAAUAACACAGUCUAAGUCCAUGUCAUUGCACUUUUCUAGACGAAAGGGCAGUUCCUUAUAUUCUUGUAUAAAAAAGGGUAUUAAAAAUAUGUAUAGCCAAAAUAGCAAUACAGUAAACAGAGCAUAUAAGAAACACAAUAUAAACAACAUGUUACAUAAAAAAUACUUUAAAAUAAAAGCAACCUGGAUUUCUCAUGAAUGCAACAAAUGUGGCAAAAGGUUUAUUGGAAAAAUAAAGACUGCCAAGGAAAAAGCUGUACAGAACAGGAAGAAUUGUGUUGAAUCACAGUUGGGUAUGAAAAAUAAAACUUGCCGUUUGUGUGUGAAUAGUAUCAACAGUACUCUGACUGGCAAUGAAGACAGCACAUCUAAUGUUAGACAGACUCACACAUGCAGUAAAUGCGGAAAAAUGUUUGCUCAGCAUUCGGUAUUCCUGUUACAUGAAAGAAGCCACAAAGAAGAGAAACUACAUGUUUGCUAUGCAUGUGGAAAGAGAUUUGUACAGAAUCAAUUACUUCUAAGACAUGAAAAAAUUCACAAAGAUAGAAAGCCGUAUCAGUGCAUGGAUUGUGGGAGAACUUUUCAUGGGAGAGAAAUGUUUGUUAUGCAUCAAAGAUCACAUAAGGAAGAGAAACCCUUUCCUUGUGCUGAAUGUGGAAAACGGUUUGCUGAUAAUGCGACUCUUACAGUACACACACGAAUACACACAGGAGAGAAACCAUUUCGCUGCAGUGCAUGUGGCAAGUGUUUUAGCCAGCACUCAACACUUGUUUCUCAUCAGAGAAUACAUACAGGCGAAAAGCCAUAUUCAUGCCAUUAUUGUAGGAGAAGGUUCUCUGACCGUUCUUCAUAUGCUACUCAUGUGAGGACUCACACUGGAGAGAAACCUUUUAACUGUAGUGGCUGUGGAAAAAGCUUUUCACAAAGUUCAAACCUACGUAGACAUGAGAGAAUUCAUACAGGUCAGAAACCAUAUGCCUGUUCAGUAUGUGGAAAAACUUUCAAUGACAACACAAAGCUUAAAUCUCAUCAGAAAACACAUAACAAAGAAGAAACCAAUGUAAAACUAAAUCAUCUACAGGAAGCAAAAAGAAAAAACAUUGACAAUUAAAAUACUAAAACAUGCAAAAAUGUUUAGAUGAUAAUAUUUUCAAAAGGGGUUGUUCAACAAUGUUCUUUUAGUAUGAUGUAGUCAUGUGUGUGUUUUUUUAAAUUCUUUAGCUUUUUGUUCAGCAGCACUUUAGUUUGAAAUUUCAGCAGCUGUCUGGUUGCUAGAAUCAAAUUACCCUAGCAACCAAGCAGUGUUUUGAAUGAGAGACUGGAAUAUGAAUAGGAGAGGAAUGCCAUUGCUAUACUUUACCUUCUUUAAAUAUGCCUGGUCUUUUUUUAUUCCUGCCUAUGUUACAGUCAGUCAAAAAUAACCUUUAUCAUUGUUACCAAAAGUGCACUUAAACAGUAAGGUCACUGGUUUUUCUGAUUUAUAUAUUUUUCAAAAAUAAUAUGCAACUUCUUUCCAACCAUGCACAGUAUAUAUAUAUAUAUAUGUUGCACUAGACAGACAGUAGACAAGAUGUCCUGAAAUAAGUCUGAAGUUGUUGUAAACUUGAUUGUUAGCAUUAUAUUAAUAAGUGCUAAUAAAACCAGAAAACAGCUAUAGCUAUACUGCUAUAACACUUAUUUAAUGUAUUUACCGCAUUUGCUUUAGACUGGAUAACAACUUUUUCUAGAUUCAUUUUCUCUAUAUCACUAAUUACAUUUACAAUACCAAUAAUAAUUUUGGAUUAUAUUGCAAUAGGAAAAUAGUGUUUCAUUAGCCUUCUUAAAGCAGGAAGAUAUUGACAGAUUUAUUUUAUUUCAGUGAAACUGCACUUUUGAAAUUUAAUAUAUAAAUAUUAUUUAAAUAUGUCAAAAAUGUGAUUACUUUUUUUAAAAAUGUUAUUACAAAAAAUGUUUUAAAAAUAUUAUUGCUAAUGUAUUAAUUUUAUAUAAUUGAGCAUUGUUCUGGGGUUGUUUGCACUGCAUAUAUUUUCAUGCUAGAUUUAUAGUCUAUUUGUAAAUAUUUGUAUCUUUAGUAAGAUUUAUUUUAUUUCAUAAUACAUUUUUAAAAUUGGC